UUUCUGUGUGUGCGUAGGAAGUUAUUGAGAGAGCAUCAGUUAGAGGCAGGGACCAAAGCCGCCCAGCAGGAGGAGCUGGAGAGAAGGCGCCGUUUGGAUGAGCAAAGAAAGCAGGAUUACCCCAUACCGCUGCUGCCUGAAUACGCAGCUGGGGAUGUGACCCAGCAUGUGUCCUCUCCACCAGCAACGGCAUCUUUGGCCUGUUUAGACUCCAGCAGCAUCAGGAUUAACACAAACGCCUCUAGUGCAGCACAAAAAGCAGACGUCAUCGACCUGAGUAAGGGUGUUGCUUCGCCCCACGUCUGCAGCAAGCCCGCCGAUGAAGAAGAAGAUGUUGAGCCGAGUGGCGCUCAUGCCAACGACGCCCAGAACCAACCCGACAUCCAGGGCAGAGUUCUAGUCAACCUGAACCAUCCAGCUGCAGAGAAGGACAUUUACCUUUCACCCCAGCUUGCACGAGCAGUCAAACCUCACCAGAUCGGCGGAAUCCGUUUUCUUUACGACAACCUGGUGGAGUCGUUGGAGCUCUUCGACAACAGCAGCGGGUUGGGCUGCAUCCUCGCUCACAGCAUGGGCCUGGGCAAAACGCUGCAGGUCAUCUCCUUCAUCGACAUCCUGUUCAGGCACACCCGGGCUCACACUGUGCUCGCCAUCGUCCCAGUGAACACACUUCAGAACUGGCUGUCAGAGUUCAACACGUGGGUCCCUCCUCCAGAGGCGUUACCGCCGGACACCGACCCUUUACAGGUGGCGCCCCGCACCUUUAAGGUUCACAUCCUCAAUGACGAACACAAGAACACGGCGAGCAGAGCCAAGGUGGUGGAGGAGUGGGCUCGGGACGGUGGGGUGCUGCUGAUGGGAUACGAGAUGUACCGCCUCCUGUCACUGAAGAAAAGCUUUGUGGCUGGAAGGAAGAAGAGGAGCAAGAAAUCUGCAGAACCUGAUGUCCUAAACCUGGUUGAAGAAGACCGGCAACAGGAGCUACUUAAAGGUAUCGAGAAGGCCCUGUCCCGACCCGGUCCAGAUGUUGUGAUUUGUGAUGAAGGACAUCGCAUUAAGAACUGCCACGCCAGCACAUCUCAGGCGCUGAAGAACAUUCAAACCCGUCGGCGUGUAGUUCUGACCGGCUAUCCUCUCCAGAACAAUCUGAUAGAGUACUGGUGCAUGGUCGAUUUUGUUCGUCCAGACUUCCUCGGUACUCGGCAGGAGUUCAGUAACAUGUUUGAGCGCCCCAUUCUGAAUGGACAAUGUGUGGACAGCACACCACAGGAUAUCCAGCUGAUGAGGUACCGAAGCCAUGUCCUCCACAGCCUUCUGGAGGGCUUUGUUCAAAGACGAGGCCAUGAUGUCCUAAGGGACCAACUGCCCUCUAAGCAGGAGCAUGUUCUCCUUGUACGCCUGUCCCCCCUGCAGAGGGCGCUCUACACAGAGUUCAUGAACCGAUUCAGAGAGGCAGGAAGCACCGGCUGGCUCAGCCUCAACCCACUGAAGGCUUUUUGUGUCUGCUGCAAGAUUUGGAAUCAUCCCGACGUGCUUUACGAGGCCUUACAGAAGGAGAACUUGGCCAGUGAGCAGGAUUUGGACCUCGAUGACAUCACCUCUGCGGGACAUCCUCGAUGUCCCACAGCAUCCCUUCAAAAGUCAAAGAACUUGGACGGUCCUGAUCCCAUUGGAGGACUGAGUCUGAGUCAGCUGCAGGAAAAAGCCAAUCAGGUCAUCACAUAUGAAUGGGCAAAGGACAUCAUGUGUGAUUACAAACCCGGCAUCCUGGAGAACUCUGGGAAAAUGGUGCUGCUCUUUCACCUGAUAGAGGAGAGCGUCAGAAAGGGGGACAAACUUCUCGUGUUCAGUCAGAGUUUAUCCACACUGACUGUAAUUGAGGAAUUUUUGGCUAAGAGACCAGUGCCUCCUUCCCCUUACUCAGCCAGCAAAGACAAACCGAACCAGAGCUGGGUCCGCAAUCUCAACUACUACCGACUCGAUGGAAGCACGACGGCUUCAGAGAGAGAGAGACUAAUAAACCAGUUUAACGACCCAACCAACACCUCCGCUUGGGUUUUCCUUUUGUCAACCAGGGCCGGCUGUCUGGGUGUGAACCUGAUCGGUGCGAACCGUGUGGUGGUGUUCGACGCCUCCUGGAAUCCUUGCCAUGACGCCCAGGCUGUUUGUCGUGUCUACCGCUAUGGACAGAGAAAACCAUGUCAGAUCUACCGACUGGUGUGCGACUUCACGCUGGAAAAGAAGAUUUAUGACCGCCAGAUCUCCAAACAGGGCAUGUCUGAUCGUGUGGUGGACGAUCUGAACCCAGUGCUGACUUUCACCAGGAGGGAAGUUGAAUGUCUGCUUCACUUUGUGGAGGAGGAACCGGAUCCAUCCCAGGUCCUGCUGCAGCCUGAAGGCGUCGAGGAGAGCGUGCUGCAGAAAGCUUUACACCUUUACUCUCACCUGGUUACUAAGCAACCGUUCCCCCAUGAGUCCCUGCUGCUGGACCGCCGGGAGCCGAAGCUGAGCAGCGCUGAGAAAAAAGCAGCUAAAAGGGGCUACGAAGAGGAGAAGAGAGCCUCGGUGCCAUACACCCGCCCAUCCUAUGCUCACUAUUACCCCGCCAGUGACCAGAGCCUCACCAACAUCCCUGCCUUCAGCCAGAGAAACUGGCGCCCUUCCACCAGCACAGAGGAGAAACCAGUAGCGAAUGUCCGCCCAGUCCAGUCUGCAUCAGUUCCCAUGGUAUCCCGCCAGGUGUCGGGAAAAUCACCUCCAGACAGAGAUUCCUCAAAAUCCGGUCAAGAGGGCUUCAAUGUCAACUGCCUGCAGAAAGCGGGGGUGUUUGUGCAGAAAAUUGUCACCACUACCGACAUCAUGAUUCCAGGUACUAACAGAUCAAUAGAUGCUCAGGCAAGGAUCACAAGUGGAGAAAGUAUUCAUGUCAUCAGGGGCACUAAAGGGACAUAUAUCAGAACUUCAGAUGGUCGAAUCUUCGCUAUCAGAGCAGCUAAUAAAGCCAAAACAGUGGACGAAAGUGCAACAGCACCACCUAAAGAUAUUCAAGCCCCACCUCAGGAUGGUUCAACCAAUCACAGUAAUGGUUGCCUGUCACCUGAGAGGAAGCAGCUGGGCUCCUCUAAGGUUGUGGCCCGCCCUGUUUCACCUGACAGCCCAGGGAUCAUCGAUGAGCUGCAGAGCUACACUGGAGGUGCAGGAGAUGAGGCUGCAGCAGAGAGCAGCCUCAGCCCUCUGCCUCCCAACGAGCUGCUGCAGGCUAACGGCAGCAGCGUGAGCCACCGUGAUGUCACUGUUACUAAAAUAAUCCAGCCCAACAUGGAUGCCACCGCUGCUCAGGACUUGAGAGUGGGCGCUAAACGCAAAGCCUCCACCCCGUCCCUGGAGGAGCAGGUUCGUAAGCAACCCUUUGCAGGAAAACCCUUUUCAGCCCCUCUGUCCUCACAAGGGUUCCCGUUCUCAGGGGGCUACGGCCUUCCUCCUGUCAGUCUCGGCUCCACCAUGUUGGGGGGUUCACCGAGGCCUCCUGUCCUAAUGGGUUCAAGCUCGCACUACUUCCACUCACCCCCCACUCAGCUGAGUGACCCGAAUUACAUGUACCCAGAUCUGUUGUGCUUGAGCGGAGUUGGCGCCGCCCCGACUUCCUCUUUGUCCUCUUCUACAGCAACCACUCGUCCUGCCCUCUCCUCAUCUUCUGCGUCGGUCAAAGCUAGCAGCUCACUUCCGGGAGCCCUGCCUCCAUUCCUGCUGAACCCCAGCAUGCCUGGGAUGCUCCCACCAGGCUUCCCCCUCUCCUACAGUCCAUCUCUGGCCAGCCUCUACUCUGGGUCAAUGCUACAGGGAGGGGUGUCGGGUCCAGCAGCCACUCCUGGCCCGGCUGGAGCCAGCUUUUUGUCCCAGUACCCUCCAACUGCUGCCUCCAGCUCCUCCUCAUCCUCCCCCUCCUCCAUCUCCCCCCCAGCACGAUCCGAGGGCCAGCGGGCCUCAGUUCUGGUGAACGGCAGGGAUGUUAGCAGCAACAGCAGCUCUGAAGAGGAUGAUGAUGUAAUCGAGGUGAGGGGGGAGUAAAACUCCCAAACACCUUCAGCUUCUCACAAAUGGAGAUGACUUCCUGUUUGGCAGAUUUUAAAGGCCCUGUUUGGAAGGUCUUUAAGAGGUUUAUGUGGUCAAAGAUUAAAAGACAGUCAAAGAAUUCCCUUUGUCACCCGUAUUGCCUUGGAGAAACGACAGGACAUCGAGCAACAAACCUCGAUGCCGAAUAUUAGAAUGUGAAACCUGAAAAGAGAUAGAAAAGAUUCAGCGGGAGGAAGAAUUAAAUGUGUGGACUUUGAGCUUCCAAAAAAAUUUUUUGUCCAAUUUUGGCAUAAAAACGCUCAUCACUGGACUGAGUACUGCUGUCUAUGGGCCUGAAGUGAGAGUUAUUUAUGAUAGUUGUACUGUUUAGAUUCUGUUCCUGCAGCUUUGUUAAAUGUGAGGAAGCUUGCUUACAGCUCAUCUAAAAAAAUCAGGUAGAGUUGCUUGUUUUAAAAAGAUUUAACAUCUGAGGUAGUUAGUAGUCGGUUUUGUGAAAUAACUGAAAUGUGUUUUGAGUGUUGCUACUGAAUAUGUCUUCAACAGCAAAAGAAAAAUGGUUAAAAUGAUCUUCCACCUCUAAGAGAAAUUUAAUCAGUUGCCCAAGAGUUAAAGUGAGGGAAUUCUCCUAAUCUGGCAAUAUUCUGUUAGCUUUAGCUUAGCAUAAGCAAUGUAAGUGAAUGGUAUCAGCUAGCAUUUUCUGUGGAAAAUGUCAUGAAAAUUACUCAAUAAUGAUCCUAAUUUUUCUUGAUCACCUUAAUAUACAUAUCAAAAGCAAAUGAAAAUAGUAAGUGACAUGAAGGAACUGCAGGGCCAAUCUAGACUUGGGACAACAUUACAACAAAACACCGCUGUAAGAUGUCACUGCAAGGUGUUAGGACAUGAUGCAAGAACCAUUUUUUUGCAUUAGAAAUUUAAGAUACUCGAACUACAGCUCAAAUAAUUCACUCAUAUGUGUUUACAAAAGUAAGUGUCUUUUGAGGCCGCUGCGUCAUGUCUUGCAGCAGCGGCUUACAGCAGUGCUUUGUCGUGAUGUAGUCCCAACUCUAACUCAGCUCCUGUUAUUCCUUCGUGUUACCUAUUACUUUCAGUUACAGUCAAUGUGAUUUUUAGGUCACCAAGAACAAUUAUAAUAUUUAUUGCAUCAUUUUCAUGAAUUUUUCUCACGGAAUGCUAGCUGUUACCAUUCACUUACAUUGUUUAUGCUAAGCUAAAGCUAACAGACUUGACAUUAGUGGAAUGACUGAGCUGCUUUUUCCCUCUUGUCUAACUCUGGGAAAUAUGAGAAUAGACUAAACUUCACCAAGGAGGUGGAAUAUCCCUUUAAAUCAAACCAAAAUUUUAGAAAAAUUAUUCUACUUAAUAAUUCACUGCCAGAACAGAUAUAAUAGAUCAUUCAGAAGGAAAACAUUCUUGAAGAUUUGGUUGAGACUUAAAGAGGACGACUUAGUGAAACUUUACAACUGUAAUAAAAGAAUGUAUGCUUAAUCAAAUGCCUUUACUCCAGGCCUUUUUGGAAUAACUCCUUUUACGUGGGCAUGGUGUGUGGGUAUUUUUCUGUUUUUGGAUGUGUACUGUAUUGUAACGUUCUUUUCAUUUCUAAAGAAAACCAUUGCCUAAAAACAGCCAGGGAAAAACAAGAAAAAAAAACUAGUGAGGUGCACUCCUUGUAGCGGAGAAAACACCAACAGAAAUGCCUUUUUUUGCCUCCAUCUUUCUGAAUGUUAGCUGUGAGAGAGGAGAGGCAACGGGAGACGGCCACCGCAGCUCUCCGCGUCUCACCCGCAGUCUUACUGUAGCCUAGUGAAAACGAUGCAACACUCACUCAAGCCUAUAUGACUUUGUAAAAACCCAAGGGGCACUGUGCUCGCAGCCCCGAGUUUUGGUUACGCUUAUGCUGUUACCGUGUUUGUACGUGUGCGUUGUCUUCUUUAAGGUUACAAAAGGAAUCAUCGAUAACUAAUUUCAUCUUUACUUUGCUGUCUUUUCUUUUUUCCUCUUUUGAUAUUUCUUGGGGAAAUUAUUUAGUUAAAAAAAAUAUGUUUACAUCAAACCCACAGCCGCUCACUCCAGGGGAAUGUCUAGGGAGUGGCCUGGGGUUGUACAUGCCACUCUUGGAAUCUGAUUUGCCACUCCCGGUGCCACCCCACUGAGUUCCAUUUAAAUUGACUUUACAUUGUCCACAAAAGGCUUGGGGUUAUAUACCCCAAAACAGUAGGGAGAAAAAAAUGAUUAUGGCACAAUGUGAAACUCACAAAUUCACUACAAUGCAAAACAGAAAAAGUUAAAGAAAUUAAAAGAAAUGGCAUCCAUGUAUAUAUAAACAAUUGCCCCACCUGGGCCACCCCAUUUUAAAAGGCCUGGACACGCCACUGGCUCGCUCUCAACUGAGUAGAACAUAUCCAUGAUUACACUGAACUCUAAAACGACAGGUAUCUGUGGACAUUUAGAGGAAACCUGGCAAAAAAAUAAAUAAAAGAAUGUCACGCAACCAGGUUUUUUUUAUGGGUUAAACGUAAACUAUCCGUCUGAUCUCAUAGUUUUGUGCUUUGGUCGCCUCUGUCCUUGGGUGGAAUCUUUGUUUUCCGUAAUGGCUUCAGUGAAAGCUUUAAAAAAACAACAACCACUAGCUCUUCAGGUGAAAAUGAAACUGAGCAUAAACAAGCAACGGCUUAAAGCAUUCAUUGCUGUUCUGUUUCUCAUAUUUGUUUAUUAUUCUGAAACGGUCCAUUUUAGCUCCUGCGACAUUUUGAAUUCACCAAGUUAUUUUAUUUAUGAAUUAGCAUAUUUAUUUAUUUGUAAUUUUCAUUUUUGUACACUGUUUGAAUAUUUUUCUUGUGUGUGGGGGGGUGUCAUUUGUUUUCUUUUUGUCUUGUUUGUAACAUUUUUAUGGUCCUGUUUAUUCCUACAGAUGCUAGUUUUUUAGUUGUUUUACUUUGUGAUGACUGACGAUCAGCCAGUCCAACCCAACAUGUGAAUCUGUGCAGACGAUGCACUCGGACCAAAUACUGAUGGUGUUUCUGAGCACAUGGUGAGCCAGGAUCUUUGGUGGAGAAAUAAGAGACAUUUAAUCUGAUAAAUAAAUGUCUUUUUGGCAGUGACAAACCCAAAAAACACAAGGGAUAUAUUGAAACUCAGACAGCAUGGGAAACAAAUGUUUUUUAUUCAAUCUGACUUUUAUGAGCCUCUGGUGUUGGCUAACUCACAAUGUCUGGGUUAACAGCUGAGGAAAUCCAAUCAUUCAUCACAGAAAACAACGUAAAGUAUUUUUCUUUGUGAUCUUUUUUAUAAGAAUUGUUUUAUUCUUAGCGUAAAACCGUUUUUAUUGGCUAUCAACUUAGAUUUUAUUUUCUGUGAUGGCUGACCUCUCCUACGUUUUACAGCAUUCUACUUGAAUUUACAUAUUUAUUUAUUAAAGUGAUUUGGGCUGACACGCCGAGCUGACCGUACGAUUCCAUUAUAGCUGAGGAGGGAGUUUAGUCUGCUGUGUUUCAGGAUGCUCUCUGUUCAAAGCUUGUCACGUUUAUUGUUGAUGUGGAAUGAUCACGGAUCACAUUUUUGCAUAUGUUUUGUUUGUUUUCAUUUGAGUUUGUAAAUAAAAGAAACAUGAUCUAAAUAAAAA